UUCUCCUGUUUCGUCCACUCUUUUCCACAAGUGAUUUAUCCUUUAUUAACAGUGCAACGUCAUGUGCAGAAUAUUCCCAGUAAAUGUACGUGUUUCCUCGAGAAAGAUUAUGUCACGCCGUUACGUAAUUAUUGGUAAGACGAUAUUUAUCCCGACGCUGUAAAGUGGGGCAACAGUGUGCUGGGACGUCGCAUACAGGCAGCGAGUCGGGACAAAUACAUUACCCCCCAAAAUGUUUGACGAUAACGCCACUUUCCUGACAACGGAUAGAGAUGAGGAUGGUUCCAAAUAUCGAGCUAACUUUGAACUGUAUCCUUAUGUAGAGAGCGAGGAGUAUGCUUUGUUCAAGGGAAAGCAGUUCGGUGAACAUGGGGAGAAGGGUGCUAGACACGCCGAAAUUUGUACCGUAAGAACUUUGAGGAACAGUCACCCUCGCUUCCAAGAUUGGGAUUUCUACAUGAUGUGUUCCAAGCAAGCAGCUCUUCUUGCGGCGGUGUUCAACAAGCUGCUGAUGCCUAGGACUGAGGUGAGGUUUUCACUUCCUCUACGAGCUGAGAUGGACACGGCGUGGAACGCAAAUUCUAUAAUAGGCUUUAUCAUUCUGGCUUUUAGGCCCCAUCGGAAGCGCCUGAAGGAGGAUGAGGUGGUGGUGGUUGAGGACUUCCUUGGUAAAACCACUUCUCUCUACAUAAGCGAUUCUGGCUUUGUGGGUCCGAACGAAAGCGACAUUCUUCAAGCAUUUGGACACUUUACCUGGAAUUUCACCAAUGAAAGGCUGGUCAUUUGUGGACUAAGGGGUGUCAGGAGAAAGGGUCACUUCCGCCUCAGUGACCCCACAAUCCACUCGGUCUCUUCAGAAAAUGGUUCUGGUGUUGGGCAGGAUUUUGGGCCAAGAGAUAAAGGAUUGGAUGGGAUUAUAUCCUUUUUCAGAUAUCACCGUUGCAAUGACAUUUGCAGGAACAUGCCCACGCCGACUGCCUUGUAUUAUAGCUAAAUGGUUGUCUACUACUGAGCCACCCUGCCCCCUCUAAACAAGAACACAAGUAUUAUGCUCAUAUAUAAGCUGUACGUUUACUUGGUGACUGGGAUGUAAAUACAACUAAUCAUGUUAUUGCACUUUUAUAGCUCCCACACUACACUGAUUGAAUAUCUUCAAUGACUCAGAUUUCAGACUGCCAGACCCGUGAAGAUCCGGGUUAGAAUAGGUCUUCAGCAACCCAUGCUUGCCGUAAAAGGCGACUAUGCUUGUCGUAAGAGGCGACUAACGGGAUCGGGUAGGCGUGGUUGAUGCAUGUCAUC